AUGCUUGUGUCUGGAGCCCUGGGUCAGCCCCUGUGGGUCUGUGUGAAACCGCCCCCUUUCCUGGGGAAGCAGCAGGGCUGGGGCUCCCUGGCGGCCCUGGGGAGGAUGGUCCCUGAGGGAACUUGGGCGGGGCUGCCGCGGGUGGGGGAACGGGGCAGGGAGGGCCACAGAUGCCCCGUGCUGGCCCCUCCACCCACUCGCAGGCUGGAUGGGGAUCCCCACUUGCUCACUGUGGUUCUGGGCAGCAAGGACCCUGCCAAGACCCAGGGGGCCGCCCAGGUCUGGGCUCUGCCACUCCAGGCCUGGAGCCGGGCCAGUGAGGUCACAGGAGGAUGUGGCCUGGGGUCCUGCUGUGCCCUAAUUCUUUCCUGGUACAGGCGGCUCGCGGCAUCUGAGCACAAGGCUACAGAGACGCGCCCCGACUUCUACCUGUUCCAUUUUGGGCAGGGGUGCGAGGCAGAUGGGCAUUUUGAAGUUCGUGAAUUGUACUGGUGUGGCAAGCAGGAGCAGGGAGAGAUCACUGUCCAGGUGCAGAGGCCUCCAGGCCUCCAGGCCUCCCGGGGCGCCUCCCCAUUCCCAAGGGUCCAGCUGGGCAGCAACCCCCUCCUCACCCACCGCCACCUCCCCCAGCCACAGAGGACCCUUGACAGUGCAGGCUUCAUGGAAGAGGAGGCAUUUGAGGCCCCGGCCUCCGUGACCUCCCAGGCCAACAGCCAUGAUGAGCAGGAUGAGGGCCAUGCUUCUGUGGUCACUUUUGCUGCUCAUGGCCCAGGCCGAGGACCCACAUCUCGAAACACAGGCCCAGAAGGAGCUGAGCAUCAGCCUGAUUCUUUGAUGCAUCAGAGGAACAGGGAUGGACGCCAGGAGCUGCAGGUGCAGCGCAGAGGCUGGGCACACCCCUGUGUGCAGGCAGAAUGUGGUGAAAGACCCCUUUUUGAGGGAGGAGCUCAAUAUUCCAGAAUUAUAGGGGGCAUGGAGGCUGAGGUGGGUGAGUUUCCAUGGCAGGUGAGUAUUCAGGCAGGAAAUGAACAUUUCUGUGGUGGCACCAUCAUCAGCGAGUGGUGGAUUAUCUCCGCGGCUCACUGCUUGUUGUCUGAGGAGAUUGUGCUAAGAGAACUGAGAGUCGUGUUGGGAACAAAUAGCUUAAUCAGCCCAUCCCUGGAUAUAAAGGGAGUCACACGGAUAAUUCUUCACAAGGACUUUCAAAGAAGCAACAUGAACAAUGAUAUCGCCCUGCUCCUGCUGGACACGCCCAUCGAGUUCAACAACCUGAAAAAACCCAUCUGCAUGCCCAAGCAGCCCAGCCCCUCCACGUGGCACCAAUGCUGGGUGACAGGAUGGGGGCAGAUCAAAACUGGUACCAAAGAGCCCAUGGAAACUGAGCUGAUGAAAGUGCCCAUGACCAUCGUGGACUGGGGAAAGUGUUUAAAGGAAUUUCCAAAACUUACCAAAAAUAUGCUGUGUGCUGGUUACCAGAACGAGAGCUAUGAUGCCUGCCAGGGUGACAGCGGGGGGCCUCUAGCCUGUACCACGCAAUCUGACAAGAAAUGGUACCAGGUCGGCAUCAUCAGCUGGGGGAGGAGCUGUGGGCAGAAGAACACCCCGGGAAUAUACACUUCACUGGAAAACUACACACUCUGGAUCAAGAACGUGACUGAGAUGGAGGGAAGACCCUAUAGUGUCAAGAAAAUAAGAGGCUCUCUCAAAGAGAAACCAAAGAGCUCCCGGGCCUCACAAUUCCUGGAGCCAGAGAGCCCCAGAUUCUGGCUCCAGCUCUGCCUUCUGCUCUCCAUGCUGUUAAAGGCCAUUUUCUACGGAUAAUAAAACAGAUGCUAUUCUGUAACCAAGGAAGGUGUGUGAGAAUGAGCCACCAGCAGAGAGACUGACUACAGAUUAGAGCUAAAGGCUAGAACUGAAGCCAAUAACAGAAAGAACCAGAAGUCAGGCAGGCUGGAGCCAUGGUUUAGGGACUGGGCUUUAAGUCCCUUUAGUGACUCUCUGCAUUGCAGGUGAGGUACUGAACUCAAACCAUCUAAAGCCAAAAGGGUUGUUUAUAGAGGUAC